UAAGGUUUCCUUCUCUCACUAAUUAUCUAUGACGAUUUAUUUAUUAUAUUUAUCCCUGCCAUCCCUUCCCCUUAUAAGUUUGCUAUUUAUUUAGUUUAAUUUAAUUUAAUUUAAUUUAAUCUAUUUUUUAAUAAAUAUUUAUCAUUAUUCUCUUGGAUUUCUUUUCAUCAAUUCAUUUAUAACUAAUCAAUUGAUUCAAUUGAUACCCUAACCGUUCAACAUUGCACAUUAAACAUAUUACGCAAAACUAUCAUUAUCCCUUAUCACGCCUCACUAUAUAAUAUAAUUACAUCAUGACUGUCUCAGAUGCUCUUACACAACCUGUUAAGGAUCAAUUAGAGAAAAUCAUUAAACCAGGUAGUGGUGGAUCAGGAUCAUCAUCGCCAAUUGCUCCAAAAAAACCAGGCAUUGUCUUAUUCUCUCCGGAAUAUUACGCUGCUUGUACUUUAGGGGGUAUAAUUGCUUGUGGUCCAACCCAUUCAGCUGUUACUCCAUUGGAUUUAGUUAAAUGUCGUAGACAAGUUAAUCCUCAUUUAUAUAAAUCUAAUGUUCAAGGUUGGUCAACUAUUUUAAAAACUUCAGGAGAUUCAAUCAUUACUGGUAUUGGGGCUACAUUUAUUGGUUAUUCACUUCAAGGUGCUGGUAAAUAUGGAUUUUAUGAAUUUUUCAAAAAAACUUACUCUGAUUUCGUGGGUCCAACUAAUGCAAAGAAAUAUAAUACUGGUGUGUUUUUAGCUGCAUCUGCUAGUGCUGAAUUUUUAGCUGAUUUAUUAUUAUGUCCAUUUGAAACUAUAAAAGUUAAAACUCAAACUUCAAUUCCACCAUAUGCCAAAUCUGUAUUUGAAGGAUGGUCAAAAAUUCAUGCUGCUGAAGGGUUUGGAGGAUUUUAUAAUGGGUUAGUUCCAUUAUGGUGUAGACAAAUCCCUUAUACUAUGGUUAAAUUUGCAUCUUUUGAAAAAACUGUCGAAUUGAUUUAUCAAUAUUUAGGUAAACCAAUAUCAUCAUAUACCCCAGUACAACAAACUGGAGUUUCAUUCUUAGGUGGUUACAUUGCUGGUAUUUUCUGUGCUAUUAUUUCUCAUCCUGCCGAUGUUAUGGUUUCAAAGAUUAAUUCCGAUAAAAAGGCUACUGAAUCGGUGGGUCAAGCUUUAGGUAGAAUUUAUAAAGAUAUUGGAUUUAAAGGAGUUUGGAAUGGUUUACCAGUUAGAAUCGUCAUGAUUGGUACAUUGACUGGAUUCCAAUGGUUGAUUUAUGAUUCAUUUAAAGUUUAUGUUGGAUUACCAACUACAGGUCAUUAAGUUGAUAUUUUGGCUGUCUUAUUUUUUUUGUAUUUUUUUAUCACCUUCUCCUUACACUUACAUAUAUACCUUAUCACAUAUUAAUUAUGAUUGAUUUUAUUUUUUUUUUUAACU